UUGUAAUUUCUGAAAUUCGAGUAUGUCUCGUGGUUUUAUUUAUAUUCCUCUCUCUGCAAGAUCUCUGAAACUUCUGUCGAGAGAUUUAUACUAGCAGUAAGGGCUCAGCGUAGGCCGGUCUCCAGUAUCAGAUGCACGAAUCUGUCGAAAUUCGGGCAGUUAGAAGGAUUCCUCCACAAAACCCUUGAAAAUUUCGUCGGCAUUUAUUGAUAGCCGCAGCCGAAUUAUGAAAGUUUUAAAGAGGAGAGGAGAAUAUUAAAAGCGUGUUCUUAUCUAAUCUUUACAUAUAACCAUAAUAAAUCUUAAUUUUGUUCCAAUGCGUUUCUCUUUCGUGUUGACUUCGGUUUGGUAAUUAAUAUGCCAUUUAUUACGGCCAUGUAAAUUCUCAGAACGGACAAAGGUUCUUCUCCUUGCACGUGGAUAUCCACCAUUUUGUGUGAAGAAAAUUAAAUAUUGCUCACAAGUAAAUUCAAUGGUGUCUUAGUUGAUUUUUUUUAAUAUAAUGUUUUGUUUUUCUAAUUAAACAUUGACAGUUGGAGUUGAAUGAUACAUUUUCAAUUUCACCUGGUCCCUAGACCUACAAAGUAUUAUUUCUGAUUAAGAUACUUGGGUAAUGCGACUUCUCUACUUUUACAAGUUUCAGAAUUAUUUUUAAUGAGAGGAUCUUUAUGAAGAGAGAAGUUUUGCACAGAGAAAAGAAGAUGAAGGUGAAGCAAAUUGUGAGUGGGAAUGUACGAAAUCUUUCAUGUUUUCAUCCCCAACCAUCCAUAGCCAAAUAAGUUCCAGUUAAGUUCCACUUCCUAUUCUUAUCCUGCAGCCACCUGCAAAAGCCCACACUCUCUAUCCUCCCGCCCGGGAGUUUCUGAGGGGACCUCUACUCUGUAAAUGCCAUUUGUGUCAAAGCAAGCCGAAUCCAAAGCUGUAACAAUUAGACGUUGAUGCAAUUUAUGGCAGUUCCCCUUUUUUAAGUGGCCCUUUCUUUACCCUACCCUGUCUUCGUCUUCCUUUCGGUGGUCUGAUCUAACUUGGGUUAAGAGCAUUGCUUGAUUAGAAACUAAUCAAAUUCAAGUUUAUAUUAGUUUUUAGUGUUUCAAUUUCAGAUAUGGCAGAUAUAAUGCAGGGAAAAGGAUCUUUCUUUUUGUGAGUACUGUUUUCUCCAGAUUGCGGGGAAUGCGAAUUGUGUAGUUAUGUGAAGAAAUCUAUAACUAUGGUCUGAUUUCAAUAGUUUGGAUGGAUGUAUGCGAAUCGGCGCGGGCAUUUAGAAAGCAUACAGUAGCAGCAGCAGCAACAGCAACGCCAAGACAACCGUUGGUUCCAGCAGAAAAGAACAAUGAAGUUAUCACACGGUCUCCCUCCCGUUCCAAGAUCAACUCAUCUUCUCCUUCAUCGUUGUCUGGACCUCGGCGUUGCCCAUCACCAAGCAUCACGCGGACGGUUUCUACAUCUUCCCAAUUGGUUCUUAAAAGAGCUCAAUCAGCAGAGAGGAAGCGACCCUCCACGCCCCCUUCUCCUCCAAGCCCAGGCACACCAGUUCAUGGUUCACCUGCAGAUGUACAGUUGCUAUCGAAAAGAAUGAUCGGUGGUCGAGCUGAGAGUUUGUGGCCCUCUACGAUGAGAAGUUUGAGUGUCUCAUUCCAAUCUGAUACCAUUUCUAUUCCUGUUUGUAAGAAGGAAAAACCCGUGUUAUCUUCUCUUUCUGAUCGAACUCUGAGGCCUUCGUCUAAUUUCCCAUCUAAACAAGCUGAAACACAAACUGUUGCACGGAAGCCCAUGCCAGAAAGAAAGAAGAGUCCUCUUAGAGGCAAAAAUGGGUAUGAUCAAUCAGAGAAUUCCAAGCCAGUUGAUGGGUCACGGACCCAAUUCGUAGAUCAUCAGAGAUGGCCAAGUAGAGUUGGUGCGAAAGCAUCCUCCAAUUCAUUGAAUUGUACCGUGGAUCUCACCGAUAAAAGAGUCCCAAGCUUACAUAAGCCACUCCGAGGAAGUGGUUUAUCCUCUACGAGGGCAACUACAGGCGAGACUGUGAACAAACCUUUACAGAAAUCGACCAGUGGUGUUAUGAGGCUACCUUAUGUUGAUGGAAGGAGUAGGGAAGAAUUUGAGGCAAAUUCAGCUAAUGACAAUUCAAUGCAGGAAUCUGCAGCUAACAAGGUCGUUUCUUCAAGUUUAGCAGGCAUUAAAAUAACAGCAAACCGAGUUGGGAGAUAUGACUCGCCUACUCUUUGCCCACGUCCAUCUUCACCUUCUAAGACACCAGUAUUAUCCUCUGUUGCUAGAGGAGUUAGUCCAUCUCGAUUAAGACCAUCAACUCCACCUCCUCGAGGAACUAGCUCAUCACGAAUUAGACCUUCAAGUUCAACUCAAUCCAAUGCUUCAACUUCUGUACUUACUUUCAUAGCAGAUUAUAAGAAGGGAAAGAAGACAGCAAGCUAUAUAGAAGGUGCUCAUAAGCUACGGCUUCUAUAUAAUAGACAUUUGCAGUGGAGAUGUGCUAAUGCACGGGCUGAGGCUGUCCUUCGUAAUCAGGAGGUGACAGCAGAGAAAACUCUUCUUGGCGUAUGGAAUACAACAUUAAAUCUUUGGGAUUCAGUAAUCAGAAAAAGGAUCAAUCUCCAACAGCUGAAGCAAGAGCUCAAAUUGAUCUCAAUUAUGAAUGAUCAAAUGAGCUGCCUCAAUGAAUGGGCUGUGCUUGAAAGAAGUCAUAAUCGAUCCUUAUCAGGUGUCAUAGAUGAUUUGGAGUCGAGCACUCUUCGUGUUCCAGUAACUGGAGGAGCUAAAGCAGAUGCUGGUUCUUUAAAUGGUGCAAUUUGUUCAGCCGUCGAGGUGAUGCAGGCAAUGGGAUCCUCCAUUUGCUCCUUACUCCCAAGGGUGAAGGUAAUGCAGACGUUAGUUUUUGAACUUACCAUUGUCACAGCCCAAGAAAAAGCUAUGCUUGAUGAAUGUAUAGCAUUGUUAGCAUCAAGAGCGGCUUUGCAGGUUCAGGAGCAGAGUUUGUGGACACAUCUCAUUCAAAUGAGACAAGGACUGGAAAAUGUCUGCCAGUUUUAAUAGCUUAUAAAGGCAAGCUUCCUAACCUGACUAGCCCAGCUAGGCUAAGCAAGCUAACAACAAAAUCCAUCUAUUUCUAUUUGUUACCUCAUUGAAGAAGAUGAGUUAUUCUUCCAUAGCAGUCUUCCCCUGCAUGUAAAUUCAUUCUUUAAAUUCUUGGCGGGAUUCUGUAGCUGUAAAUCUUUUCUAAUUUUAAUCUAUUUAAUCAUUUGGAAAUUUUUUUCAACCUUUACACAAUUCUUCCAUUACAAGAGCCCAGAGAAAAGCAAGAUAAAGGAGAUGGCAGAGAUGUUGAAGGUAAACAUGCAAUGUCGGGCCCAAGUCAGGAAUACAAAUGGAAGUGAAAUCCUGAAUAUUUCAGUUCAAGUUCACUUCUGUUUCCAUAUACAUGGUUGGUAAGUAGUUACUUGAGCCAAAAAUUGGAAUGGACAAAAGUCAAACUUGGUAAAGAUGAGAUCCAUGGUAUAUAAAUGAAAAUAACUAUCUUUGAUGGUAUAGAACUUUUUGGAUGAAACCAAAAAUAAAGUCACGAGGACUUAUGCUCCAAGUGAACAAUAUUAUACCGUUGUAUAGAUAUUUGGAUGAUCGUUAUUCUUUACAAGUGGUAUUAAAGCAAUACUCCUAACA